UUAGCAUUAUACACAAAUAAGUGCUAACCUAAAAAUUUUAUGAUGUUAAAUGCUUAAGUUAUUAAAUUGAAAACAAACAUUUGUUAAAACUAUGUUUACUAUACUUAAACUUUACAAAAAUGCCUCUCUAUAUCCCAAUACGUAUUUACAAAUAAGGCUUAAAUCAAAAACACAUUGGGCAAAGUUAAAAAAGAAAACAGGUCCCAAGUACAAAGCAUUAAAUCAUUUCGACGAUUUCUAUGCGUCUGUUUUUGGGUAUAAGUGGGAAUCUAUGAGAGAGGCUCUUCUACGCAAAUCUAAGUAUGUUGCCGUCGUAAAUAACUAUGGUGACGCUGAGGAGACCAUGGUAUAUUUAUCAAAGACAGGUGCUCACUGCCUUAAAAAUCUAAUGUCAAUACAACAAGAAUUUCACAAAGAUUAUCCUUCUAAUGAUGCUAAAAUCGAAAAACAAGUGCAAAACAAUAGUGCUAUAGAUAAUUAUGUAUCCAGACUUCAAAGUGAUGAAAUAUCCAAGAUUUACCCUCAAGAUGGAAGUAUGCCUGAAAAAUUGGAAUUACACGAGGCCACUUUGAAAGGCGCUAAAGAUGUUAAAGAAAUGAAAUUUGAGGAACCAAUAGAAAACCUAGAUAAAGCAAUAGAGAAUGCAGAAAUUGAUUACUCUCGAUAUAUAGAGCCAGCUAUGGGAAUGACUUCAGAAGCCUUAUACCAGUACAUCCCAGCCACUAAACUGAAGGGAAUGGAUGACUAUGUGCCUGAAUCAUUACAUUACUCAUUUUAUUCAUCUCAGGGGGGAGAAUUUCCUCUAGUCAUAGAGCCAGAAACAGAAUUUAAAUUUCCAGAACACCUCAAAAUUAUGACUUAUGAAAAGGACAGUGAAAUGCAUAAAUUCCCCGAACCAAAGAGAUCACAAACAGGUGUAUUCAAUUAUUAUCCAAUGGACGGCGCUAGUGUGCUACCAAUAUUAGCACUCUGCAUUAACCCCGGUGACCGAGUUUUGGAUUUGUGCGCGGCGCCGGGGGGAAAGUCAUUACUUGCACUGCAAACUCUACUUCCGGAUGUACUUGUGUGUAAUGACGUAUCUGUGUCAAGGACGAAUAGAUUGGUGAACAUAUUUCGAAACUAUUUAAUUGAUUUUGAAACAGGCAACAAAUGGCAGGAACGAGUGAUGAUUUCGCGAAAGGAUGGCAGGAAUUUCACAGAUGAUCAAGGAUUUGACAAAGUAUUGGUAGAUGUGCCAUGCACCACAGACAGGCACUCGGUUAUGGAAGAUGAGAACAAUAUUUUCAGACCCGACAGAGUCAAGGAGAGACUUAGAAUACCUGAACUUCAGUCCCAGCUACUUGUCAAUGCUCUCCGGCUAGUCAAAGUGGGUGGAGCUGUAGUGUACAGCACAUGUUCUCUCAGCCCCAUACAAAAUGAUGGUGUGGUGCAUCUAGCGUUGAAGCAGGCCUUCCAAAUGGAUGGUAUACUUGCUGUUGUAAGGGAUAUGUCGGAACCAUUCAAUAGCCUAAGUAGCACCUUGCUUCUUGGCACUGGAAAAGCUCUGCCCAAAUAUGGGCAAUUAGUAAUUCCUGAUAUAUCAGCAAAUUUCGGUCCUGCUUAUGUUGCUAGACUUGUUAGAGUUAAAUAGUUAGU